GCCGGGCCCACCGCUCUGUCAGUGGCGGCUGCCGCCUGCUGCGGAGACGGGCUGCGCUGUGGCGCCGAAGCUGGCAGACGUGGACGCAAGCGCCGGGCUUUGCCCGCUUCCUGCAGCUGUGAAUUCCUUUGGACGAUUGAUGAUAUUUAUCAUUGUGCCCAGUUUCUACACAUAAAAGAUGGGUGGAUUAUUUUCUCGAUGGAGGACAAAACCUUCAACUGUAGAAGUUCUGGAAAAUAUAGAUAAGGAAAUUCAAGCAUUGGAAGAAUUUAGGGAAAAAAAUCAGAGAUUACAAAAAUUAUGGGUUGGAAGAUUAAUUCUCUACUCUUCAAUUCUUUAUCUGUUUACAUGUUUAAUUGUAUACUUGUGGUAUCUUCCUGAUGAAUUUACAGCAAGACUGGCCAUGACACUUCCAUUUUUUGCUUUCCCAUUGAUCAUCUGGAGCAUAAGAACAGUGCUUAUUUUCUUCUUUUCCAAGAGAACAGAAAGAAAUAAUGAAGCACUGGAUGAUUUAAAAUCCCAGAAGAAAAAAAUACUUGAAGAAGUCAUGGAAAAAGAAACUUAUAAAACGGCUAAAUUAAUUCUUGAAAGGUUUGAUCCAGACUCAAAGAAAGCAAAGGAGUUUGAGCCGCCAUCUGCUGGAGCAGCUGUAACUGCAAGACCUGGACAAGAGAUUCGUCAGCGAACUACAGUUCAGAGAAACCUUUCUCCAACACCAGCAAGCUCUAGCCAGGGCCCUCCUCCGCAAGUUCCAGUAUCUCCUGGACCACCAAAGGACAGUUCAGCCCCUGGUGGACCCCCUGAAAGAACUGUUACUCCAGCCCUAUCAUCAAAUGUGUUACCAAGACGUCUUGGAUCCCCUGCUACUUCAGUGCCUGGAAUGGGUCUUCAUCCUCCAGGUCCACCUUUAGCAAGACCCAUUCUCCCCCGAGAACGAGGUGCUCUGGAUAGAAUUGUUGAAUAUUUAGUUGGUGAUGGUCCACAGAACAGAUAUGCCCUUAUAUGUCAGCAGUGUUUUUCUCAUAAUGGCAUGGCUUUGAAAGAAGAAUUUGAAUACAUUGCUUUUCGAUGUGCCUACUGUUUUUUCUUGAAUCCUGCAAGAAAAACUAGACCUCAGGCUCCAAGGCUUCCAGAGUUUAGUUUUGAGAAGAGACAGGCAGUGGAAAGCUCAAGUUCACUUGGUCCCUUGCCCUCAGGAAGUGUGAUUUCAUCAGAGAACCAGAUCACUGAAGAAUCUGUAGAAGAACAAGAUGUUCUUGAUAACAGUACAGAGCAGACAGACGAGAAAAUAUCAGACACAGAGCAGACAAACCAAGGGACUGAAAAAGUAUCUGGCACAGAGGAACCAGAGGAGAAGCAAGAGGCUGAGAAUGAGGACACCUCAAUGAAUGAAGCCAAAUCAGUAGUCCCCAGAGCCGAUCCUAUUCCUAAUCCUGAACUCAGUGGAGAGUCUCUGAUGGCCAUGUAGUAAAUGCUUUCACGUGCCUUCAACUGGAUAUUUGUAGUCUUGAUGAUGUCAGUCAUUGCUUUCUAGGUGGUGCUUUCUUUCUUUCUUUUUUUUUUCUUUCUCUCUCCCUCUAAGGAUGUGUUUGAUAUCAUUUGAAUUCAAAUUGCUUGACUAUUUCAAUAUGUCAGAGUUGUAGCUCCUGGGUGUUAAAUUAAAGGCGAGUGAUAUCAGUAAAGUAAGAUCCUUUGGAAAUUAUAAAGACCCACACUAUUUAGCCCGCUUUUAGAUGUUUUCUUCCAUUCUAAAAGUAAACAAAGUAGCAUUCUCAUUUUCUCUAUGUGUGACCUGUAAAUAAUACCAUUUUGACAUAGGAAGAACUUUGGUUAUGAAUAAGUUCUAAUGGUGUUCAUUUUAAGGAAUGAAACUCAAUUAAGAUUUUUAAUAAUUAUUCGUUAAAAAUGGGUAGAAUUUUAAUUCUUGAGAUAUUUGUGUGUGUGGGAUGUCUAUUUAGGCAUUUCCAUUGAGUGGUAGGAAAGUUCUAACUGUAACUAUAUAGGCAUUGGUACAAAUUCUCAGUAAGAAUGCAACUGAACAGUCAAGUGCAGUGUUUCUUUUUUGAUGUUUCUUAUUUUGCAGCUGGGCCAAAGGCACUUGAUGUAUAUAACUAGCUUAUGUUUACAUAUUAACAUAUAGGAAAUAUCUCUGCACUUGACUGUACUUGAAUUCUGAGCAUUAUUUAUACUUGUAAAAUAAUGGUGAUAUAUAAGUGAAUUUUGUGCUCUUGUGUGUAUUUUGUUAAGGAAAAUAAAGAUGAUCUGGCAGCAGUUUCUUUUUGUUAAAUAUCUAGACUUCUUCAGACAGUGUCUUGGUGGAUGACGUGGCUACCUGAAAAAUCUUAGGAAGAGCGCACAAAACAAUUAAUCUAUAGACUCCUGAGAGCAAAUUAUGAUGCUUCUGUUCAGACUAAUUGCUUUUCAAAUUCAGAGAAAUAGUACAUUUAGAGGUUCUAAUCAGAGAUUAGAGUUUCCUGAUCCAGGAAAACCUGAAACCAUUUGUAAUUUUUAAUUUUGGGAGACAAAUAAGUAUUGUGAGAAUAGACAGUUAGUUACUAGUAGUUCAUUGGAUUUAAUAGAUGUUUUAAGGAUUGACUGGGAAAAAUUUUCAUCCAGAAUGAUAAUUCUUGGACCUUAAAUACAGCGUGGUUAUCUUUUUCAUCUUCCUUUUAUCAUUCUUCUCCAUUAUUAAAAAAAAUUGAAAUCAAAGGGAGACAUAUAUAGGAAUGGUGUAUAUGGCAAAUAUUUCUAUGUUGUACAUAGUUUGUUAAAAAUUUGAUAAAAUAACAUUUGUUAUUUAAAAAUUCAUCUUUAUGAUCUAAUAUCUUAUAUCUGAUAGGUAUUUUAAUGAAUCUAAUCUGUUAAUAGUCUGAGGCAUUAUGGUAUAGGGACCAGAGUUUUUGAGAUCACAAAACUGGGUUUAAAUUCUAGCUCUGCAGUCUUGGGCAAGUCACCCAAUCUCUCUGAGACUGUUUUUUUAACUGUUAAAUGGGAAAUAUAAUACCUACUCUUUGGGGUAUAGGGAUGAUUAAAAAUUAUUUACAUAAUUUUUAUGCCUAGCUCACUGCCUGAUAAUUAAUAUUAAGUAAAUAGCAACAUUUUAUAUUAUAGAUAUCCUUGUGAAAUAUGGAAGGGCUGUAAUUCUUCCUCUUGCAAGUAAGGAAAUUAAAAAAUAAUAUGAACAUAUAAUUCAGCUGCUCAGAAUCAAGCCAGAGUUUUCUGCAUCAACUUUUCUCUAUCAAAUGCAUGUAUAUAAAUAAAUACAUAGAUUAAAGAAGUAGGAACCUGAAACUAUGGAAUAUAAUCUUUUAUGGGGAGGGUGAAUCUCAGGUUUUGUACAUUAUUGACCCAUAAACAUUUUAGUAGCAUCAUGCUGAAGUCUUCUUGUUUUUUGUUUUUGUUUUUGUUUAUUUAUGGUAUGGGUGGAAGGGCAGAGGAAGAGAGAGGAAAUCUCAAGCAGAUUCCCUGUUGAGCAUGGAGCCUGACACGGGACUCAUUCUCACCCUCCUGAGAUGACCUGAGUCAAAAUCAGUAGUCAGGUGCUUAACCAACUGAGCCACUCAGGUGCCCCGAGUCGUCUUGUUUUGAAUCAUUCAAAUUCUGAUGUACGUUGCUUGAAAAUGAAGAGUACUUCAGAGAAAUAUAAUUGCAUGAUAGAAUCAAAUAUUAUGAGAAAUAUCUUUGAAAGAAAUAUGGAAGAAGAUUAAAAGGGGAUUAGUAAAAUGAAUGCAACAAGUGACGUGCUGUAAUUGUAUAGUACCCUUUAAAAUAGAAAAGGUUAUUCUGAUACUGUAGUAAAUAGUUAAUGGUUUUAAGGAGUGGUGAAAUCUUCUAUUUCUGAUUAUUAAGACUAGUGUAAAUGAGGAAAAACAAACUACUAAGUGCUAUUGGCUAGAGUGACCUUUACUUUCCUACUUAGAAAUGCUCAACAGAUAUUUUCUAAACUCUUCUCACUGACCUCAGCAUGAUCUAUAAACAUGGUCUGGCUUCGACCUCUUCAUCCCUCCUCCACCAUAAUGCUGUAGCCUCCAGGCCUCUUCCAGUUCUGUGACUACGCUAAACCCAUUCCUACAUUAAGUCCCAUCUGAAAUAUUCUCUUCUCAGAGAGAUAGGCUCCUAAGUUCCCUAUCUAAAGCUGGCCUCUAUUACUCUCUCUGUCACGUCACUUUACUAAUGGUCCUUACCGCAGUUUAAGUAUUUUAUUUGUUUACAAGCUAACUAUCUUUACAACAUACAGUCUGUGUGUGCAAGGCUCUUUUUGGUCUUUUUUUUUUAAGAUUUUAUUUAUUUAUUCAUGAGAGACACAGAGAGAGGCAGAGACACAGGCAGAGGGAGAAGCAGGCUCCAUGCAGAGAGCUUGACGUGGGUCUCGAUCCCGGGUCUCCAGGAUCACGCCCUGGGCUGAAGGCCGCACCAAACCGCUGAGCUACCUGGGCUGCCCUCUUUUUUGUCUUAUUUACCCGUAUCUGCGGAUCUAGCACACUGCUUGACACAUGUUUAUUAUGUAAAUGAAUAAUAUUGUUGCUAAAUCCAGUGAAAACUCUCAGUUCUUAACUUAUUUCACUGCUUUUCAGUAUUGACAUUGUUGAACACUCCUUUGGUUUGAAACACUUUUCUUUUGACUUUUGAGCUUUCACACUCUAGUGCCUUUCUUUCAGUGUCCUUUGCAGGCUUCUCUUCCCCUGCCCACCCAUUAAAUACUGGUGUUCCAUAGCUUCUACCUCGUGCCAGCAUUUCUUUACUCUGCAAAUUCUCUCUCUGGAGGAUCUCAUCAACCCAGUGGAUUUCAUUAACAUUCAUUUCUCUGAUUCUCCCAUCUCCAGCCUUGAUCUGUUUGCUUCACUUCAGACUGAAUAAUCACCUGCCUUCUAAAUGUCUUUCACAAUCAGAAUAUUAAAAAAUGAACACUAUUUUCUCCUUGAAACCUACAAAACUUAAAAAUAUUGUGUUUUUAAACUACUGUGUCCCCUCAUUCUCUUCCCCCUUUUUCCUACAUCUUCACUAUCCAUUUCUGUCUCCAAAACCAUCUUCUUGUUUUUUCAUUUCUCCAUCCCAUUAACAUUAGUAAUGAUAAUAUACAUUUGCCUUCUUACUCUGUGCCAGGUAACAUGCUAACUGUUGUUAUGUGUCUUAUUUUAUUCUUAGGUGUAACCUUGUGAGGAUAUUUAUUUCUGGAUAAUAGAUGAGAAAACUGAGCUAUAGAGAGAGUAAGUUUGGUCAUUGGAAAAUCUGGGAUUUGAAUGCAGACAGUAACUUAAGUCUUGCUCUUAAUUACUGUCAUACUGCCUUCUCAUCAUUCAGGCCUCUAUUGAUGAUAAUCUCAGAACUGUCUCUUCAUUGGUUUCUGCCUCCAAUCUUGCCUACUUGGCUAUUUAUUUUGUGCACUAUAGCCUGAACGAGUUUUCAGAAUUGGAAAAGGAAUCCUGGUACACCAUUGUUUAAACCCUUCAAUGAUUCCUCAUUGUUCUUGGGAUGAGGUCCAAACUUACUACUGAUAGGGCCUAUAUAAUUUUGCUUCUAGUUACUUCUGGCAUUUCUGACCACAACUAUUGCCACCAUUCCCACCUCACUUUUAAUGUAGCUAUCAUAAUGUUUUCUGUAGUUCAUAAUGCAAAAGUUUUUCUAAUCCCCGGGUUCCUCUUUCUCUUCCUGGGAUAUCCUCCUACUCACAAAGACACAGGGACACACAGUAAAUAGUUGUUGAAUUGCACUGAAAUAGUAGUACUUAGAACCCAAAUUUGGAAAUGUUGUUGGUAGUUGUUAACCUAUGCCUUUUAUUCUUAAAUCUUUCUCAGCCUAUUCAUUAGAUACAAACAAUAUUGUUGUGGAGAACACGAUUGAGUCAUGAGAGUUAUAGCUUUGUAUGUGGGUGAGAGAGAAAGGUAAAAGGGAGAGAUAUUCUAAUUAUAUAAUGAUUUCCAUUAAGUAUUGUAUGCUGAGUGUCAGAAAAGCUGAAUGACUUACACAGGUCAUAGGGAUAGCUGGCAUCUGAACCAAGCAAAAACUCAGAUCUCAACUCUUAAUGCAGGAUGCUUUAUACUGAACCACCAAUUUUAUACUGCCAAUCAAAAUUAAUGUUAAGAGUAAGAUUACUUUAAAAAUGUGCAAGUUUUAUUAUUUUUUUCUAAUAUUACUUUGAAAAAUUACAGUAUUCUCUGUUGGAUUAUGUGCAAAUCAGUCAAAGGGUCAAAGAAUGGGAAUAAUUUAUGGAAUUAUGAAUAGCUAUUUUGAAACAACCAUAAAGAACAGAGCUGCUUUAGAAAAUCAAAAGAAAAUAAUGUAAGUUAUGUAGCAUAGCCUUAAUUCAUUGUAAAAAAGUGUAGAAAAGAUUUAGAUAUAGUUUAAUGGACUCCCAAAGAGCUAUUAUAAAUAAUUCAAGUACUUAUGUAAAGUUGAAGCAAGAUAAAGAUGAUUGUAAACUGAUGAUCUGCUAAAUCUUUGUAAUUUGACUUAUUUCAAAGUUAUUGAAGAUCUAAAUAUAUUAACUCCACCCAGCUAAUAAGUAAAUGUAUCAGGCUCUGAAUUUAGACAAUCAAUUUAUAAAUAAAGCAAAGUACAUUUAUUAGAAUUCAAACAUAAGAAUAAAAAUUUAAAAAUACAGAAUAAAAACCUCAUUAAAUUCUAUCAGUCCAUAAACUAUUAAUUUGUCUCAACCUAAUUUCUUUGCUUCUCAGAAACAAAUCUAUAUUUUUUACUUCAAUACUAUUUAAAAUUGUCUUUUUAAAAAUUGUUGAAUUUAUUCAGUAGUAGUUAUUCUCCCAAGUGCCCUUUGGUUUGCCUUUGUGUGAAACUUAGAUUCCACUUACUUUUCCAUUCUGUCUCCUCCAGAGGUCCUGUUAUGUGGCUUAAUUUAUACUACUUGUGGACUUUAGAAGAAAACACUAUCCACUUAUAUAGCUCUAUAUUAUUUGAUGUUUUUUACAACCUAGAUUUUCUGCUUUAUGCAUUUUUCUCUAGGUUCCCCCCCCCCCCUAAUAUUUAUACCUUCCUGUUUUUCUUUGGCAGCAAAAAUGGUAGAAGUUGGAAGCACUCUGAGAAGAUUAAAAAGUGUUCUCAAAAAAUCUCCUUCAUAAAUUAGUUUUUUAAAGUUCUUAUUCCAGGAUUAUAUGAGAACAGGCCAGAUUUUUAGUUGCCAAAGACUUUUACCAGAUCCUUGGCAUUUGUUUUAGGAAAAUGGGGAAAAUCAUUUAUUUUUGUGAAAAUAAAUAUUUUUAUCUUAGUCUGAUAUUGAAGGGUGAAGAAAGGGGGAAUUAAAUGAACAUUUUUUGAAUACCUGCUCCUGGUCAGGCACUGUGCUCUAGAUAAUUUCACAUUUCUCUUACAACCAUGUGAGGAAGUGGAAUCCUAUCAAGCAUGAGUUAAUUCCCCAAGACCACUUAGUUUAUGGAGGUUGUAAAUGGAAUCAGAACCUAGGAUCUUUAGGUCCUUGUCCUGUUUGCUGUCUGUGAGACUUCUCUUUUGAUAGCUAAAAGAAUAGACUAAUGCUUUUUUGGAUUUCUCCUAUUUUUGUGAUAAUUCCAAGUGUUGCUUCAGGGCAGUUUUCUCAGCUGAACACUUGUCAGACUCUCUACACACCCUCCCCAUGAAAUGCUCUCAUAAUUUAUCUCCAACAUCAGACUAUGAACUCCUUGAAGGCACAGCCAUAUCUAUUUUUACUUCUCACUAUAUUUCUAAUGUCUGGCAUGUAGAAGGCACCCUGAAUUAACUGUUGAAUAGGUAGUUAAUGUGCACACAGGUGCAGGCACAUAUGUGCACACACACUCAAUGGAAAAUACUGCUGUGCAGAUUUUGUAGUGUGAGCAAUUUUGUAAACCUCAAAUUUGAGUUAUUGAGUAGGGAAAUUAUUUGAUCCUCACAACCUUGGGGAGCUCCGAUUGACUCCUUUGUCAUCUUUUCUUUUUUGGAUCUAUCAUCCAUAUUGCUGUAGGAGCUUUCUGAAACACAAGCUGGAGGGGAGAUGGUGGGGGAUGAGGUCACUGGAUGACUGGCAUUAAGGAUAGGGUGCUUGAUGGAAUGAGCACUGAGUAUUGUAUGCAACUGAUGAACCACUGAACUCUACCUCUGAAACUAAUAAGACUCUCUUAUGUUAAUUGAAUAAAAAUAAAAAUAAAAGAAGUUUAAAAAAUAUUCUAAGGUUCAUUUGUAUGUGGCUGACUCCCUAGGUGGCUUUUAAGGAUCCCCUUCUCUAGCUUUCUCUUAAACUACUCUCUCUCUUAUGUGCUGACCACAGGCUUAUGUGGUGCUAUUCUUGUUGAAAUCUCAUUUCCUUAAGACCCAGCUUUAUCUACAAUCUUCUGAGUGACACCUUCCUCAGCUUUCUUUCCUAAGCAGUUACUUGCUUUUUAUUCUCAUUGUGCUUAAUACAUUAUAUAUAAUGUUGUCUCCUGACCUCUUGUUACUCUCUGCCUCCCUCGUUUGGUUGUGAACACUGAAGACAGACUGUGUUUCUCAGUUUUUAUUUUCUCUCUCUCACUCUCCUUAAACACAAACCAAAAGUAAGACAUGGGAUGAUGUCUGCUACAUGUAUGUUUAGAGAGUGGACUCAUAUAAAUAAGUGAUGGACCUGACGUGGUCAGCCCUGGUGGCUUGUGCGCCACUUCCAUCUGAAACGCCUAUAAUUGAAGUAAUUGUGGCCAGAAAGUGAGAAAGUCUAGCUCAGGAUUUGAAGCUAUGCAAACUGACAGCACACUAAGGGAGGAGGAUUUGUUUGUUUUUGUAUUCUUAGUGCCCAACAUAGAUGCUCAAUAACUGGAUGAACUGAACUGCACAUGACCUAAGGGCCAGUGUGCUCGGGUGGGAUUAGAGCACAGAGGGUCUUCUCUCAUUCACGUGAAUCCAUUAUUUGGCCAAGGUUUCUAAAUUGUAUAUAAAAUGAUUUGUUUUAAUAAACUCCCAUUCUUAAAAAAUAUUCUUAGUUUCAUUUGUAUGUGAACCAUACAGAUACAGAAUUUGUAUCUCUAUAUUCCUCAACCUCUGAUCUCAUAUUCUACUCACACAUAGAAUGGGGUAUUUUAAAAUAUUUUUUUAUUUUUUAAAUUUCAUUUCUGACCCAUUUAAUGUUAUAAUUCAUGUUAAAUUAGGAGUUUUCUGGGUUAAGUAGGUGCUUUUUGACACUAUCUGGUGGAGUCUCGAUACACACACACAAUACAUAUUUCCUCUUUCAGUAAAUGCACCAUUGGAAAUUAGACCUUAAAAUUGCGUAUUUGCCUCAAAAAUAUAUCAAAAGGUACUGUAUAUUGCACAUGGCAGGUAUAAUUAAAACUUGCACUAAUAUAUGUUUUAUGAAUUAUAGUCAGCUAAGUUAUUUUUUUCUAAAAAUGAAAUAGGCAUUUUGUGCUUUAUUGUUGACAGCAAGAAUGCUAAAGGCUUUGCCUACCUGUCAAGAGUUGAUACAUUUUAUUGAAUUAUAGUGGUUUGCUUUCUAAAAAAUAUUUUUCCCUAGAAACCAAAAGGAAUCAAAUUUUGGAAUGAUCUUGUGUUCUUCAUUAUGAGUGUUCAUACCAAAUAAUAUAUGAAUUUUUAGAAUAGGAUGCAAUGAAUUUUAUAAGCUGAGUACAGGCUGAAAUAAAAUUGAUAUGCUUGAAACGUU